CCUAUUUAUUUUCAGAGAAAACACAAUCUCGCAUAUCACUCUCCUUGCCUUGCCAUCUCCCACCUCUCUGUGAGCGCGCACACCACAUCAUACCAUGGUUGGGAGCUCAAUUGCUGCUCUGCAUACCACCAUUGGUAGACACUCUGGUUCCCCGUCUCGAGGCAGCGCACCUGCGCUGGUGGCCAUGGGAGGACAAGUCAAGUUCUGCCACCUCAUGUCACUCCGAAACCACAAUGCAUAUGUGGCCUCCUCGGGCCACAAGCGCAUCAUAUGCGCCAUCUGCACUGAGGCACCUGAGAGUUUGACUGCCACUGGCCAGCUGCUGGCACCUGAGAGUUUGACUGCCACUGGCCAGCUGCUUGAGAGGUCAGUGAACACAAUCCGCUUCCUGACCAUUGAUGCCGUGGAGAAGGCCAACUCUGGCCAUGUGGGGAUGUCCAUGGGGUGCGCGCCCAUGGGCCACAUCCUCUAUGAUGAAGUCAUGCGGUACAACCCCAAGAACCCCUAUUGGUUUAACCGUGACCGCUUCGUCCUCUCUGCCGGCCAUGGGUCCAUGCUUCAGUAUGCGUUGUUCCACCUGGCCGGCUAUGACAGUAUCAGCGUACAGGAGUUGAAGCAAUUCAGUCAACUCGGAAGCAAGACACCGGGCCACCCUGAAAACUUUGUAACCCCAGGAGUUGAAGUUACCACUGGACCUCUUGGUCAGGGUAUCACCAAUGCAGUUGGGUUGGCACUCGCCGAGAAGCACCUGGCUGGCCGCUUCAACAAGCCCGACAGUGAAGUUGUCAACCACUACACAUACGUUAUCCUGGGAGAUGGUUGUCAAAUGGAGGGUAUCUCCAGUGAAGCUUGCUCGUUGGCUGGACACUGGGGUCUUGGCAAGCUCAUUGCUUUCUAUGAUGACAACCACAUAUCCGUUGAUGGAGAUACAGAGAUAGCAUUCACAGAAGAUGUGAUCGCCCGCUUUGAAGCCUACGGGUGGCACACACUCUGGGUUAAGAAUGGAAACACUGGCUAUGAUGACAUCCGUGAAGCCAUUAAGGAAGCAAAAGCAGUAACCGACAAGCCUACAUUGGUCAAAGUGACCACAACAAUCGGUUACGGAUCUCCCAACAAGGCCAACUCAUACAGUGUGCACGGAGGUGCAUUGGGCACCAAAGAGGUUGAAGCAACCCGGCAGAAUCUUGGAUGGCCCUAUGAGCCAUUCUUUGUGCCUGAGGAUGUUAAGAGCCACUGGAGCCGCCACGUGCCCCGAGGUGCUGCACUUGAGGCUGAUUGGGAUGCUAAGUUUGCAGAGUAUGAGAAGAAGUACCCAGAGGAUGCAGCAACCUUGAAAAAUAUCAUCUCAGGGGACUUGCCUGCUGGUUGGGCUGAUGACCUUCCUAAAUACACUGCAGCGUGCCCAGAAGCUUCGACCAGGAACCUCUCUCAGCACUGCUUGAAUGAACUUGCUAAAGUACUGCCUGGUUUUCUUGGAGGCAGUGCUGAUGUUGCAUCUUCCAGCAUGACGCUGCUUAAGAUGUUUGGCAACUUCCAGAAGUAUACACCUGAGGAGCGAAACCUCUGCUUUGGAGUGAGGGAGCAUGGCAUGGGCGGCAUUUGCAACGGCAUUGCUCUGCACAGCCCAGGUCUCAUUCCAUACUGUUCAACCUAUCUCGCUUUCUCUGAUUACAUGAGAGCUGCCAUGAGAGUCUCAGCCUUGUCUGAAGCUGGAGUUAUCUAUGUUAUGACCCACGACAGUAUCGGUGUCGGAGAGAAUGGCCCAACCCAUCAGCCCAUCGAGCACUUGAUGAGCUUCCGAAUGAUGCCCAACAUGUUGGUGCUCCGUCCUGCGGAUGGCAAUGAGACUGCUGGAGCAUACAGAGUUGCGGUCCUUAACAGGAAGAGGCCAUCUGUUCUUGCUCUCUCCAGGCAAAACCUUCCUCAGCUGCCUGGUACCUCGAUCGAGGGUGUUGAGAAGGGUGGGUACGUCAUCUCCGACAACUCAAGCAGCAACAAGCCAGACCUUAUUGUGUUGGGUACUGGUUCCGAGCUGGAGAUCGCUGCGAAAGCUGCAGAUGAGUUGAGGAAGGAGGGGAAGACUGUCCGCGUCGUGUCGCUUGUCUGCUGGGAACUCUUUGAGGAGCAGUCAGAUGAAUACAAGGAGAGUGUUCUCCCUGAAUCUGUCACCGCAAGGAUCAGCAUCGAAGCAGGGUGCGCUCUUGGAUGGCAGAAGUACGUUGGCCCCAGGGGAAAGAUUAUCGCGAUCGACAGAUUCGGUGCGAGUGCUCCUGCUGAAAAGAUCUACAUGGAGUGUGGCAUCACUGUGGAGAGCGUCGUUGCGGCAGCCAGGAGCUUCUAAGAGUGCACUGUCAUUUCUUUCUUUCAUGGUCGUUAACACCAACUGCGAAGGAGCACUAUGCAUUGAGGUCUUAUGCCCAAAGUCUGAACAAAGGACGGGGACUGCGAGUAGGAUUCAAGGCCUGAUAAACAUUGAUUUCUGUUUGAUCGGUUCUAUUUAGGUGUUCGUCCAUGUCUCCAUGAUUCUGAAUAAAUUGGUUACUGGUUUCGCUAAAUAUUGCCCAUUGGUAACAACACCAUGAUGGCCUUAGUUCUUGUGGUGUUGUUUCAAUUCUGUUCCUGGGUGCUUACACAGAUGUGGAGUAUUUGCUGAACUAGCUCGAGUUCAUUCCUUUUGCCUAGUUUAUCCUGCA